AUGCCUAUCCCGUUCGCACUCGUCUGCGACCUGCUGGACGAGUGCCAUCGGCUCCGCCUGGCCCAAAAACCAAACGCAAAGGUGGUGGCCGAUUGGUUUGUGAAUCACCGGAGCCUCAUCGAUGCCCAGGACGCUGAUCUGGCGGCACUGUUAUCGACGUUGCUACCGGAGAAGAGAACCGACCGCGUCUAUUGCAUACGCGAUGCUAGCCUCGAAAGGAUUGUAGGUCGGGCCUUGAUGCUCGGCGCAUCUCGAUUGGCAGAGCUUGCCAGGUACAAGCAGCCAGGCCUGGGUCUGGAUCUCGCCGACUGCACCGAGCGGAUUCUGACCGUCACACCGAACCCUUCGUACAGCGCGAAGCACCAGGUCUCCGUCGAAGAACUUGAUGAAACCCUGCACGGUUUGGCAUCAAGGAUCAAGUGGAGCUCUCCCGCUAUCCGGAGCUCGCAUGCCUCCUUUUCCUCGCGAGACCGGACCGAUCUGGAAGGCGUCUACCGCCGGCUCACCAUUCAUGUCAUCCAAGACGCCAAGGGGAAGCUCGCAAAUUCUGUGUGCCCGGUGCCGCUCACCAACAGCAUGCUAGCGUCUGUCAGCCCUCGGCUAGGGAUAAAAGUAGGCAGACAGAAUUGGUUCAAAGCUCGAAGCAUAAAACAUUGCGUCAGCUUGGGCCAUGGCCACAUGUCUGUCGAAAAGAAAUUGGACGGAGAGUACUGUCAAAUUCAUGUCAACGUCACCUCGCGGCCGCCGAGCAUUCAAAUCUUUUCCAAAAGUGGAAAGGACAGCACGGAGGACAGGCAGGCUCUGCGAGGGUACGCCGGUGAACCGUCAACCUGA